AUGGUUAACUCUACCUGGAAAGAUACUUAUCCUACAGCUGAGGUGUGUUAUAUGAAUGAAGGUACCUUUUAUCAUUCUCCUUGUUUGCUUACACUGUAUCCUAGAGAUGGAGGGAGUAAGAAACCUUUCAAAUAUUUCACUAUGUGGAAGACUUCUCCAAUGUUUUCAACCAUUGUACAAGAGCAAUGGAAUAAUCAGUUCCAUGGUAGUAAAAUGUAUGUGGUGGUGAGCAAGUUGAAGAAAGUUAAGGUUGCAUUGAAAGAGUUAAAUAGAGUUAGUUUCUCUGAUAUCCAGGUUGCAGAGUUAAAAGCCUAUAAUGAUAUGAUUGCAGCUCAAACUGCUAUGCAUUUGCAUUCUUCAGAUCAGUUGCUUGGUGACUUGGAGCUGCAGGAUAUUCAUGAUUACAAACUAAGGCAUCAAUAUUAUUUGGACUUGUUGAGGCAAAAGGCAAAGAUGGAUUGGAUUAGGGCAAGUGAUGAAAACACUUCUCUUUUUCAACAAAGUGUUAGACAAAGGAAUUCUCAGAAUCAAGUCUAUAGUCCUCUCAUUACUGAUCAUAACAGAGCAAUACUUACUGCUCCAUAUACUGCUGCUAAAAUGAAGAAAGCCUUAUUUUCAAUUCCUGGUGUUAAAGCCCCAGGUCCUGAUAGAUUUGAUUCCUUUUUCUUUAAAGAUGCUUGGAGUAUAGAAGGAGAUGAGGUGGUUGCUGCUGUUUUGGAUGUCCUAAAGCAAGGGAAGUUAUUAAAAGAACUCAGUCAUACAGUAAUUACUCUUAUCCUUAAGUGA